AUGAUUGUGAGCUAUGCUUAUCAUGGUAAAGGCGUAGAGGCCUUAGAAGCUUAUGAACUAAUGAGAAAAGAUGGAGUAAAACCUGAUGCAGUAACAUUUGUUGGGAUUUUAUCAGCUUGUAGCCAUAGUGGGCUGGUUGAGGAAGCCUUCUUCUAUCUUAAUUCAAUGCUCAUAGACUACGGCAUUACACCUGAUCAUCGACAUUACGCUUGUAUUGUCGAUGUGCGAGGCCGAUCCGGCAGAGUCCGAGAGGCUGAAAGUUUCAUAAAUGAGAUGCCUAUUGAAGCUGAUGCUUUAAUAUGGGAAACUCUGCUUGCUGCUUGCAAAGUCCAUGGUGAUUUCGAGCUUGGAAAGGUAGCAGCCAAAAAGUUUAUGGAGUUCAUAUCAAGUGAUGCUGGAGCUUAUGUUUGUCUCUCUAAUAUUUGCGCAGAUGUAGGACAGUGGGAAGAAGUGGCCAAGAUUAGGAGCUCGUUGAAUUGGACUGGGAUGAAGAAAGAGCCUCUUGCAUUAUUUGUGUGUCAUGUUCUUGAUGCUUAUAUCGUGAAGAUCUACCUUGCGAUUGGUCUAGUCGCAUUGGUUUCUCUCUUACGUUCCAACGUGCUAAAUAGCAUAGCUGAUCCAUCCACAAAACAGAACAAGACAAUGGCAACAAUGAAGGAGAAGUCGCACUAUAACAAAACUCAUUAUUGCAUGUGCCAAACAAAGGCAAUGGCAACAGUGUACAUGGAUAUGACUCAAGAAAAAAAAGAUAUAGUGGAAGAAAUGGGAUUUGGUGCCCUGGCACAUGUCCCAGAAAUGAAUGUCUCUCAUGCCCUGUUGAGAGAAUUGAUUGAUCACUUUGAUGAAGAGAAAGGAUGGAAUUAUUUUGAUGAUAAGGUUGAUUACAACAAUCUGAAUCCAGAAGACAAGGAAAUAUUUGACAGUCUCAAAAAUAUUUCCUUGGCGACUUUGACAAGGAAUGUGCUGGAUAUGAGCGUAGAAGGGGAGGAGAACCGGAAAAAAUUCAAGAGGACUUUUGUUGUCUUCAUCCAAAAGUGCUUCUUGCUUCCCACAACGAGAAAGGGGAGGAAACAGUCUGUUGAUGGCUGUGUUUUUGUGUUGAUAUUGAUAUACUUUCACGAAACCAAGUUCCUUCGCCCGUUCGCACCUGAUGCUCCCCCAGCACCUUGA